AUGAGAGCACUGGGUUUCAUCCAAAAUUCAGUUGCAGCCAUGGCCAACAACCAGGCUCUUUUAAGCUACCUAAUGGUGGCACCUCCUGCUCUUCCUAUCCAAAAUACCAACAAGACACCCAAUACGACAAACCCAAACUAUAGCUGGGGGGAUAUCAAUAAUGUUGGUCAGUGGGCGGGAUUCACAUACGCUCAUAUCAUGCAGCGCUAUGGGACCCUGCUUCAGCAAGCACAAAUUGAGAGCGAACCAAUGCCAAACUCCCCCCCACAGCCUAUAAACACCGAGCCGAUGUUCGCUCUCCGUUUCAACACCUACAUCCAAAGUCGAUUGCGUCGUGCGCUGCGAGCUGGCUUCCAGCCCCUUGCACCUCAGCUUGCAAAUCUGCAUCUUACUCCUAUUACGGUUGAUAUCGGUGACGCAGCAACUAUCAUCGACAACUACUGA